CUAUAGUUCUCAGUGCAUUUAUCAUUUCACCACUAACAGAUUGUUUAGGAUCCGUAUUGGAAUUAAAUUUUUACUUUUUGAAAGAGGAACUCCAUAACCAUCGUUGAUAAUGGCUGACAAGAAUAAUCUGUUGCUGCUCUUCGAUCGCCCUAACGAGCCUAUUUUCAUGGAGAAGGGCAAGUCAUCUGUGUUCGAUGUUCCCGAUAACUUCCUCACUGAUCGCUACCGUCCCAUCGGCACCGAGGUGCAAAGUCGUUUCGGUGAAAAAGCAGAACAGCGUAUUCCUGUUAGAGAUAUAUCUAUCCCGGAUCUGCGCAUACCCAUGUCAUUGCCGCGAGAUGCGCAAUUCUCCCUUUUUAUUCCGGCUCAUCGUCGCAUUGCUGGACGUCUCAUUGACAUUUUUAUGGGCGUACGCUCCAUUGACGACCUCCAGAGUGUGGCUGCAUAUGCUCACGAUCGUGUGAAUCCUUACUUGUUCAAUUAUGCACUCUCGGUGGCUUUGCUCCAUCGCCAGGAUACUAAAGGACUGGAUCUUCCGUCCUUUGCACAAAACUUCCCCGACAAGUUUGUGGACUCUCGCGUUUUUCGUCAGGUACGAGAGGAAGCCACUGUGGUUCCCGAAGGAUCCCGUAUGCCAAUUACUAUUCCGCGCGAUUACACUGCUUCUGAUUUAGAACCAGAGCAUCGACUGUGGUACUUCCGCGAAGAUCUUGGCAUUAACCUGCACCAUUGGCACUGGCAUUUAGUGUAUCCUUUUGAAGCUGGCGAUCGGGCAAUUGUAAACAAGGACCGUCGCGGUGAACUCUUCUACUAUAUGCAUGAACAAGUGGUGGCUCGUUAUAAUUUGGAACGUUUCAGUAACAAUCUUCCUAGAGUUGUGCGCUUCAACAAUUUGCGCGAACCAAUACAGGAGGGUUACUUCCCUAAAAUGGACUCCUUGGUGGCUAGUCGAGCUUGGCCACCACGCUUUGAAGAUACAAAAUUGUCAGACCUAAACAGGGAGCUGGAUCAAAUUAGCUUGGAUGUAAGUGACUUGGAGCGCUGGAGUGAUCGCAUCUUUGAAGCCAUAUCUCAGGGCUUUGCCACUGAUGAAAGUGGCAAUCGCAUACCACUGGACGAAGUUCGCGGUAUUGACGUUUUGGGAAACAUGAUGGAAUCAUCUAUUAUUUCGCCAAAUCGCAGCCUAUAUGGGGACUUCCACAACAUGGGUCACGUGUUCAUUUCGUACUCUCACGAUCCCGAUCACCGUCAUUUGGAGUCUUUUGGUGUGAUGGGCGAUUCAGCCACUGCCAUGCGUGAUCCCGUUUUCUACAGAUGGCACGCAUAUAUCGAUGACAUUUUCCAAGAGCACAAGACUCGUCUGUCGCCAUACACUUUACCAGACCUCAGCUAUGAGGGUGUCUCUGUCACUGGUGUACAAGUAAGUCCCGAAGGUGGUAGACCAAAUGUACUUCAAACCUUCUGGCAACAAUCAGACGUUGACUUGUCCCGCGGCAUGGACUUUGUGCCACGUGGCAAUGUAUUUGCACGCUUUACUCAUCUGCAACAUACUCCUUUCACCUACACCAUCAACAUAAACAACGAAAGCGGCGCCCAACGUUUCGGUACUGUACGAAUAUUUUUGGGACCAAAGACUGACGAGCGCGGGCAAGGAAUGCUGUUCAAAGAUCAACGAUUGUUAAUGAUAGAGUUAGAUAAAUUUGUUGUGUCACUAAACCCUGGCCAAAACACUGUUCGACGUCGUUCCACUGAGUCCAGCGUUACCAUUCCUUUCGAUCGCACAUUCCGUAAUUUAGAUGUAAAUCGCCCGGCAGUAGGAAGCGCCGAUGAACUGGAAUUCAACUUCUGCGGUUGUGGGUGGCCUAAUCAUAUGCUUAUUCCCAAAGGUUUGCCCGAAGGUUUACGUUGCGAGUUGUUUGUUAUGGUGUCCAACUACGAUCAAGAUAGGAUCGAGCAACAACUUGUGGGAACCUGCAGUGAUGCUGCAUCCUACUGUGGCGUGCGUGAUCGCCUCUAUCCAGAUCGCCGUGCGAUGGGUUAUCCAUUUGACCGUCUUUCUCGUCCAGGAGCUGACCGCCUUGUCAACUUUUUGACACCGAACAUGAGCAUCGUAGAUGUGGUAGUACGUCACGAAAAUCGUGUUGUACCACGAAGCGUAUAAUUCACAGGAACAUAAAGGCCCAAUGGUUAGACUUGAAAUGCUAUGAAUCUCACCACAUUAUAGUUGAUCAAAUGUAUUUCUCAUCGGCACUUCCUGUUCCGAUUAUUCAUUUUUAUAUACAUAAAUAAAAGAUAAAUAAAUUGAAUGCUAUA